GGAAAUGGUACUUAGUCAACAUUUGGUGAUCAUUCACGAAAGGAAAUAUUUACUAUGUCUCGACAUAUCUUAGAUGUCGAAGUGACAGGCGUAGAAAAAAGAAGAUACCCAGGAAAACAUUAUGUUUAUGUCAUCAGUGUUGCGUGGUCCGAUGGCUCCACUGUUGUUAUCUACCGGAGAUACAGCAGAUUCUUUGACCUGCAGAGCAGACUUUUGGACAUGUUUCCUCUUGAAGCCGGAGUCAUCGAACCAGCACAGCGCACCCUGCCAAUACUGCCAGGUAAAAUUCUGUUUGGUCGGAGUCACAUUCGGGAUGUGGCAGAGAAAAGACUCAAACCCAUUGAUGAAUACUGCAAGGGUCUGAUAAAAGUUGCUCAGAGGAUAUCACAGUGUGACGUGGUCCUCGACUUCUUCACCGUUGAACCUGACGACUUGGAUCCUCCCACCAACAGCAACGAGGACAAUUUCUUCACAAGAAUUAGGAAGUCCAAGAAGAGUUCAAAAGCUAAGAAGAUUUCGAAACCGAGAAAGCUGAAGCAGUACAGGGUGGUGGCAGAUUAUGAAAAACAGGAAACUGGAGAGAUCCGGUUAGAGCAAGGCAUGGUGGUUGAAAUUGUCGAGAAAAGUGAAACAGGUUGGUGGUUUGUCCACAGUGAAGACGAGCAAGGCUGGGUUCCAAGUACAUACUUAGAGGCAGUGGAUGGUGAUACAGAAAGUAGUAUCAUACGAGCCAGUCCGGGCGAAGAGGAGCAGUAUGUUUGUAUUGAACCGUUUGAGGCAGAGAAUUCUGACGAAGUAUCUCUGGAAGUGGGAGCGGUCGUUGAUGUCAUUGAGAAAAAUCUGGAAGGCUGGUGGCUCAUCAGAUACCAAGGCCAAGAGGGGUUAGCGCCUGCCACAUACUUGGAGCAGAAGAAGGGAGUGUUUAGCCGCAGUCUGGCAGAGAAGGGUCGUGCGAGUGGUGUGGAGAUCAUUGGGACCCUGUCAGACAUCAGCGACCUGCUCAAUAAGGAUUCCAAGCCAGAUAAGGAGGAAGGGGAAGGGGAAGGGGAAUGGGAGAAUGAGACCAACAUGAGGAUGAGCUACGCCAUCGGUCCUGAGGGGGAUACAUACACCAAGGUCAACCACAAGUCAAAGUCACUGGAGCGUGGAGGAAGUCUGAGGCCACCCCCAAGACAAAAUUCCAUUGUGCUGCCUAAAGAAUCAUCCCCUCCCCCUGUCUCAAAUGCAAAGCCGUCCAGUUACGUGACAGUGGAAGAUUUCACCGACACUGUUGGAGAUGGGAUCAGUUUCACUGCUGGUCAGCCAGUCACUGUGAUUGAGAAGGGAGCCAAUGACUGGUGGUUUAUCCACAUUGAUGGCAAGGAAGGCUGGGCACCCAUGUCAUACAUCCAGGCUUCAGAUACACUGACACCCGCCCAACAGUCAUCCCUGCGUCCAUUGAGUGAAGAGCCUGACACAUUCAGUAGCAGUGAUUCUGACUCGUCCAGUCCCCCUGUCAGACGUUCUGCGGCUGGACUCGCGGCUGCUUUACAAGCCAAACUGAAGACACAACAGAAACCAUCGGAGUCCAUCAUUAAACCUACCGAGAAGCCACCUCCACCCCCAACGCAGAACAAAAAAACACUGGCUGUUAAACCAACGCUGCCCAAACCUUUCAGUAGCGGGUCGUCGUCACAGAAUGAUUCAACCUCUUCCAGAGUGUCUGCUGGUCAGAAGAAAUUUGAAUUGGCCAGCGAUGAUGUUGACAGCUCUUCUGGGAGUGGCGUGUCAAAUUUAGCCUCGGUGUUAAAGUCAAAGUUUGAGUCACGGCAGACUCAAGUAAUUGCUCCACCCAAAACAAGUGAAGGCGAUGGUGGAAACAAGAAGGGAGCAUUGCCAGCUAAACCGUUGAUGCCCAAAAGUAACAGCACAUCUGCUAUCAAACAAGAUAUGGAGAAUGGUGUAAGUGUUAAGCCAGUGUUUCCAGCGAAACCUGUUAUUGGGACAAAAGAGGCAGGAAAGAAACCGGUGUUACCUUUUAACAAGCCUGUACUACCUGGGAAACCCAAGCCAGAGUUGGCCAACGGGAAGAGACCCUCAGCACCACCUCCAAAUCUUCCCUCGCACCCUCCAGGUCUGUCAAAGAAACCUCCUAAAGAAGAAGCAGACUCCAACAAUAAUGAUGACACGUCUAAACGUGUAUCUGGAAUCGCAGCAGCUAUGAAGUCCAAAUUCGAAAACACAGAAUUAAACAAACCAAAACCAAAACCAAACCUCCCAAAACUGCCAUCCGGAGGUACAAGUAAGCCAGGGAAGCUGAAUUCUACCUGGAAUCCCAAGUCUGCUAAUGCUUCAAGAUCAAGCGGUUUGCAGUCUACCGAAGAAGAACUGAAAUCACUGAGGGGCAGUAAGCCAGUGGGUGAUUUAGUCAGUGCUCUGAGUGGAAAGUUGAAUUUCGGAACAGACGAACAGACCAGACGGCAUUCUGCCGAGUUUUCUCAAGACACUAAAUCAAAGUUUGUAACGUCGGGUGAAAGACAUCAGGCACAUUUACCUAGCAACAAGGCCGAAACCUGUGUCGCGAUUGCUGCAUACACUGCUCAGGGUGAUGGGGAGCUCUCUAUGGAAGAAGGAGAGAAGUUCACAGCUCUUGAUAAGAGUGAUUCGGGGUGGUGGGAGGUGAGGCGUGUGAGUGGUGAAGAAGGCUGGGUGCCCGCCUCUUACCUUACAGACCAAGACGACAGGACAUCAUCCCAGACUAACAAAGACUACAGGUCGUCAUCAUCAUCCACUGACAGAUCAGCUCAGGAGGGAGUGACCACCAAGAUGGCGGAGCCGACCAAGUCACAAGCCACGGUCAAGGCCCAGUACAGGACAACUGCUAUGUUCACAGCGGAGAACGAGGGAGAGAUCGGCUUCGAUGAAGGUGAAGUGGUUGAGGUCAUUGAGAAAAUGGAUGAGGGGUGGUGGCUUGUUCAGAUCGGUGGAUCGGAGGGCUGGGCUCCAGCGGACUACAUCAGAAAGGAAACAAUUAAUGUGCCGGUUCCUGGUGGAGUGAGACCUGCCCCACCGAAAAACAAACCUACUUUUAAACCUACAUUACCAACACGUCCAAGGUGAAAACCUCCCCCAGCCAUGAAAAAAUAAACUUAUUUUUAAAAUAACAUUACCAACACGUCCAAGGUGAAAACCUCCCUUCAUCGAAAUUUGGGACUUAUUUUUAAAAUAACAUAACAGUAUGUCCAAGGUGAAAACCUCCCCCCAUCGAAGUGACAAGCAUAACGUGGCCAUUAACCUGACAGAUCUACAUUAGCAUAAAUAGGCAUUUAUGUAAGACAGGCCUCUAUUGUUUUCCAUGACAUUAAUAUCUCUAUUUGAGGUGGGUUUCUACUCAAGACAGGCCUCUAUUGUGUUUCUCCGACACUCUGAUAUCUCUAUUUGAGGUGGGUUUCUACUCAAGACAGGCCUCUAUUGUGUUUCUCUGACACUCUGAUAUUUCUAUUUGAGGCGGGUUUCUACUCGAGACGGGCCUCUAUUGUGUUUCUCUGACACUCUGAUAUCUCUAUUUGAGGCGGGUUUCUACUCAAGACAGGCCUUAUGGUGUUUCUGUGACACUGAUAUCUCUAUUUGAGGCGGGUUUCUACUCAAGACAGGCCUCUAUUGGUGUUUCUGUGACACUGAUAUCUCUAUUUGAGGUGGGUUUCUACUCAAGGUAGGCAUCUAUUGUGUUUCUGUGACACUCUGAUAUCUCUAUUUGAGGCGGGUUUCUAAUCAAGGUAGGCCUACCGGUAUAUUCAAGAAUUUACUAUAUUUUUAAAUAAAUUACCAGCAUAUCUAAGGUGAAUAUGAUCAUUCUUAACAGUGUCUUACUGUCUGUAGCCAAACAGUGCUCUCUUUUUAUUACUGUAAUUCAGAAAGUGCCUUUGUGGAAAUCAUUUUAAUGAGAUCUGAUUUGUAUGAAGUGUAUAUGGUGUUGGCUGAGAUGGUAUCAGGUGAUGACAUGGAACUAAAACACUGUAAGACUUACCUAGACCAGCUCCACCUACUGGGUAGAUCAUCGGCACAGUUGGCACAGAACAUAAUAAAUAUACAUGUAAGUCUUUGUGGUUUUAAAACAUUUCAGUAAAGAAUCAAACUGAAUAGCAUAUACAGUAGAAUCUCAUUGGGUCGAACUCGAAAGGGUUAAAGACAUCGCAACGCUCGAAUUAAAAACGAAGUCUCGUUUUACACUUACAUGUUGUUGACCGAAUGGUUAGGUCGAACUACCUGAUGGGUCGAACACUUUCUUGAGCACAGACAGGGCUUGAGCUAACGGGAUUCAUCUGUAUAUUAUUAUCAUACAACUAUGUUGGUUGGUUUCAUCAAAUUAUCUUGUUUGUUUUAAAGCACAGACGAUGCUAUUCCCAUCUGAAGUACCACAGCAUAGUGGGGCAUCUGGGAUGUCACAGAUGUUUAAACUCAAACAAUAAUAUAUAUUACUUUAACUUCUUUUCUGUUUUUGUUUACAUUAUAUUUCUUUUAUUUAAUACAUAACAAUAGACAAGGUGAUAGGAUGCUGUGGAAUGUAAUAUACAAAUAUGUAGUGUGUUCUGUGAAAAGAAAAAUUAAACCCCACCGAUCUAUAUUAGAGUAGUAAUUUGUUGCUCAUUGAUAAACAGAUUUUCUAUACUGUAUAUCCUUCAUAAAAUAAAGAUUGUUAAUUAAUUUACAGAAAUAUAGUAACAAAUAUACAAGUAUAAUAGAGUAUAAUAAUAAAGUUGUACAUAAUAAUAAAAUGUUCAACCUAAUGCUGAUUCACUUUAUAACAUUACUUUACUGCUGUUGAAGAAGAGUAUUCUAUUUUCAUAUUUUAUGGCUAACCAUUAACAUAUAGUUUCUCAUUUUGUGCAAUUUAAACAACAUGGGCAAUUUGCAGGCAAUCGACCUAAUACCAAAGUUGUUUUUUCUUUUUAAACGCUUUAAUAACAGUUUAUGCUCAUGUCAAAGUAAAGAAAAAAUAUUUAUUAAAAAAAGCUUUAAUAAUGAUUUAGAAAUAUUAGAUGUGUAGAAAAGAACAGUUAUUAAUUGAAUAUUACAUCAUAUUGAUGUAUCUAGUCUGAGCAGAGCAUUUAUACAAAAUGGUGGCCAGUUUGUACAGAGAGGGUAUAUGUGUGAACUACAUACAUGCACUGUUUGUUCAAAGAACAAAUUCAUUUUUGAGACACGGCUGAAUUAACAAUGCCUGUCUUUCUUAAACAUUGUGAAUUAAGCAUUGUGUGUAGAUGCACACGUGUAUGACGAAAAGAGACUUUCUAAAUUUGGCCCACAGUAUUCAAAUGAAAUUGAAGUUAGCAGAUGUCUUUCAUGCUAAAUGACUUACAGAGACUAUCCUCAGUAUUUAGCCGUGUUUAUCCAGUUUAUUAAUUUCCCCAGCAAAAUAAACACACAUCCUGUUUUUUCCUUUUUGUUUUUAAACACUAUCUUACCUUAAAUUGUUUUAAAUAUAUACCAGACUGAGUGCAUUUGGAAUGACCUUUUGCAGAAAUAUUUCACUUUUUUUUUGCCAUUGGAAUAAAUAAUAAAUAUGUAGUGCAAAAUUAUUUUAGGCAGAGAUCUACAUUGAGAUACUUCUAAACAUUACAAUAUCAAGAAAUGCAUUGGUCUUUACCUUUCUAUAUGAUAUUAAGUAUUGUCACAACAGAGCCUGAAUGGACAAUCAAUGAGCUAUUUUUGUGUUAAACAACCAAUCAUUCAAUAGCCUACUGUAACUAUAUCCGCAGGAUUCUUCUUUUAUGACGUCCAUGUAGUAAUGGACAGUCAAGGAUCCAUUUUUGUGCUAAACAACCAAUCGGUCAAUACUCUGUAUCCACUGGAUUCUUGGAUUCUUAUUUUUGAAGUCUGCAUAGUAAUGGUUGAUCUGUUUUUGCAUUAAACAACCAAUCAGUUAAUACUCUAGCAAAACAAUCAAACUAUUUGAUGGAUGGUUGGAUUAAAACUACAUGUAAAUCCGCAUGUUAAACAUUUUGUGAUUUAAAAUUUUUUGGCUGUAUAGUGCUAUGUAGAUGCAUCAUGGUGUGUUAAUGAAAAACUGAAUAUUGAAGCAGAAAUUUUGUGUGUAAUAUCAGCGUUAUUAAAUCAUGUUUACUAUAGAUCAUUUUAUUAAAUCCAUGCGGCACUGUAUGCUUUGUUAUUUGUAUUAAUUAUAUACUGGACAAUAUUUGUCAGCUUCUGUGUAGAAUGUAUAUUUUAAUUUCAUUGUCUUUUAUUACGUACUAAAGCAUACUUAGUCCAGUAGAAUAUGUGUGUUAAUAUCACUGUUUUUUAUUACAUACUAAAGCAUACUUAGUACAGUAGAAUAUGUGUGUUAAUAUCACUGUUUUUUAUUACAUACUAAAGCAUACUUAGUACAGUAGAAUAUGUGUGUUAAUAUCACUGUUUUUAUUACAUACUAAAGCAUACUUAGUACAGUAGAAUAUGUGUGUUAAUAUCACUGUUUUUAUUACAUACUAAAGCAUACUUAGUACAGUAGAAUAUACAGUAAAGUACUCUUAAUAACUAACAUGAAAGAACCAUGAUAGUUCAUUACAGCAGUAGUUCAUUGUACACAUUUGCGUAAGUUGGUUAUUGAUGUAUAUAGGCAGAUAAAACGGGACUUUACAAUCAGUUCGUUCUAUGCAGUACUUCGUUCUAAGCAUGUUCGUUUAAGUGUACUUUACUGUAUGUUUUAAUUUCACUGUUUUCCAUUACAUACUAGAGCAUAUUAAAAUAUUUUUGUUAAUAUCAGUUUUUCAUUACGUACUAGAGUACAUUAUUAGAAUAUAUGAGUAAGUGUUAAUUCAGUUUUUCAUUACUUGCUAGAGUAUAUUAUUAAAAUAUAUGUGCUAAUAUCACUGUUUUUCAUUAUAUACUAAAGCAUACUAAUGUGAUAAACCUAUGAAUAUUCAUCAAGUUGUUAGCAGAUUUUUAUAUUAUAUUAGAUACUAAAGCAUACUAGAGUUACGGUUCACUAAAUGUACUCUGUUAAUACAUCUUCACUUUGUAAACCAGAAGUCAAUAUAUAGUAGUUUUAUAAAUAAUGUAUGCGUUAUAAUAAAUCAUUGGUUUUGACUAAUUUCAUUAUCAUAAUUUUAUGAGUAAUUUAGUCAGGUGUGUAGUUUUGUGUGUGUGUAUAUAGGUGUGUGUGUGUGUGCAUACGUGUGCAUGUGUGUGUGCAUGUGCGUGUUUGCGUGCAUAUAUGUACUUAUUAUAUUAACUUUAAUACAACAGAAUGUUCUAUUAAUGUAACAUUUCUGCCUGAUAUCAUCUGACUAAUCUGUUAGAACCUGUAUAAUUAUGUCUAUAAUAUACAGACAUCAAUGCAUGCAUAGUAUACAUACAUAAUGAUGUUAAUGUUUUAUUGUUGUUUAAUCAUUUAGACUAAUAAUUACUCACUGAGCAAAUCAUGAUCUUAACUACAAUAAUUAAUUGAGCCAUCGUUUUUGUGAAUGUCUCAAUUGAUUAUGAUGUUAAUGUCCCAGGCUGUCAAAUACCUUGCAAAAGUGGGUUCAAAUCCCAUGACAGUAUACUUUGUGCAUCUUUUCAUUAUAGCCUCUCGGAACAAAUAUAAUUUUACAAUAAUUAAGAAUUAUUAUUCUUUAAUACAAACAUCCAAUUCCUAAUUUACAUUUUCAUUAGUAAUUUGUUGUUGUAGUUCAGGCAUUAUCUAUUGCACAACAGUUGUCAAGCUUACCGGUAUGUGAACAAAAAUGGCAGUUUUGCAGUAUUUGUCAAUAGUACACACACAAAUAUACAUGUAGUAGUGUAUUCCAUUACUGUAACAGCAUUGAAACAUUGGUAUCAAGCAAUUUACAUGUUAUUUAUAAAAUCGUAAUUGUUUAGUCCAACUUGUGAAUUACAAUAAAUAGAUACAUUGUA